AUGGCCCGCUUCAACCUCUUCUAUUAUCUAUUCGCAGUCUUCGCGGUCCUCGCCCUCGUCGCAAAUGCGGCACCAACAUCCUCCGAGCCCAAUACCGGUAGUUUAGCUGGCAUGCCUGGCAUGGCUACCGAAUUCGAUCACGGCAGCAAUGCCAAUGACAAAGCCGACCAGACGCAGGACAAGCAGGUCAUGAGCGAUUCCGAGGCGGAGUAUAUGAGUGAGAUGGAGAAUGCGCUUGAAGCUGCUGCAAAGGCUGCUGCUAAGACUACCCCAAUUUCCGCCGGUCCAUCUCGUCCUACACCUAGCGUGCCAACGACGGCUCCUAGCCCGACUGCAGCUAAGCCAUCGCAGGCCAGUCCAUCGGCCUCUGCUGCCGCGGCAAAGCCACAGGGUAUGCUGUCUAGCUUGCCUCUUGUUGGGUCUUUGAUGGGCGGUUUGCCUAUCUGA